AUGGAAGACGACAGCUCAUCAGCCUUCAAAGUCAUCAUCGUGGGCGCUGGUGUCACGGGUCUGACACUGGCCCACUGUCUUGCCAAAGCGGGCAUCGACUUUGUCCUGCUAGACAAGGGCGUUGUUGCCCCGGGCUUCGGAACCACCAUCACGCUGCAGCCGCACGGGUGCCGGAUCCUGCACCAGCUGGGCUGUCUGGAUGCCGUGCUGGCCACGUGCGAUGUCAUGGGCGGUGCUCACUGCCGCGACCCGUCGGGGAAGAGCUUCGCCUCGAACGACUUUUUCGGAGUUGUAAGGAAGUUCGCCGGCUACGAUACUAGGACGCUCGAUCGGCAGCUGUUCCUACGCACUCUAUACCAAUGCCUGCCAGACCAGUCCAAGGUGUAUGAGAAAGCACGCGUCGAGGAGAUAGUCGAAGAGAACUCCAGGACUCGCGUCGUCCUGGCGGACGGGCGGGAGUUUAUCGGUGAUGUGGUGGUCGGUGCCGACGGCGUGCACUCCAAGGUUCGCGAGAUCAUGUGGGACAAGGCGAACGAGGCGAACCCGGGCAUGAUCACGGUCGAAGAGAAGCGAGCCAUGGUGACCCAGUACAACGCCAUCGUCAUGGCGUCCUCGCCGGUGCCCGGGCUCGGCUCCCACGAUAUGGAGGUGACCUCCAACGACAAGUUCUCCUUCCUGCUCCUCUGCCAGCCGAAUUGGAUCUCCAUCAUCGUGCACAACAAGCUUCCGGAGGACAAGCAGUGUACCUGGCCGACGCGCAGGCGGUAUGACGAGCAUGACAUGGAGGCGCUCGUGAGCAAGAUCUCCGAGUGUCCCGUCACGGAGACGGUCGUGUUCGGGGAGCUGUGGAAGAGGAGGCUGAAGGCGCAAAUGAUCUCGCUCGAGGAGGGCGUUUUGGAUCACUGGUUCUUUGGGAGAAUCAUCUUGGCUGGGGACGCUGUUCACAAGGUCACCCCCAACUCGGCACUCGGCGGCAACACGGCAAUGGAAGACGCCGUCACCCUCGCGAACACUCUCCACGCCCUCCUGGCCAGGCACGCGAACAAGAAGCCCAGCGACGUCGAGCUGCGCGACGCGGUGCGGGACAAGUACCAGGACCCCCGCGUCGACCGCGCGCGCGCCAUAGUCAAGGUCGGCGGCGACCUGACGAGACAGCAGGCCUACGACGGGUGGAAGGCGUACCUCGUGCAGCGGUGGCUGACGCCCCUGGUGGGGCUGGACACGCUGGCGAAGAACAUUGCCGGGCUGUGCGUCACGGCGCCGAAGCUCAGCUACGUCGACUUCGACGAGAGGCGAGGCGUCCUGGGCUGGCAGGACACGCUGGCCGCCGAGAAGGAGCGGGAGGCGCGGGAGAGGAGGGGGGGCGAUGGCGGGAAGCGGAACGCGUACGCGCAAAGCGGCGGCGGCGGCGGCGGGUUCAUGGCGUCGUGGGGCGAUUGGAACGGAGGCUUCGAGGCCGUGUUCCCCAAGGUCCUCGGGGCCUUGACGGUCCUGUGGUCGGCGAUUUGGCUGUUCCACCUUGUCUUCUCCAGGCAGCACAUUUACGGGUUCGAGAGGGAGGCGUGGCAGUUGGCGGGAAGAGAGAAUGAAACGUACCGGAUGACAGAGUAG